AGGUGAGCGGUUUUUUUUGUUGCUUGUCGAUGAAGGACCGAGGCACCACGACAACUGUAUCUGUAGAUCGAACUUCGCGUAGCAAAUGCGGAUGAUGAGGUCCACCUGUAGCUUUACAAUAAAUCAGUAAAGUGCAAGAUCAAAUAAAUUUGCGAAGCGUAGUUAAUCUUGGAGACCAUGAUAUGCAGGCAAGAUUAUCAACGGCUCCUGGCACUUUGGGUGGCCAGUGCGACCACCUCGCCUUUCGUCUUCGCCAGUAGCUAUGUUAGCCAAGAACUUGGGGCGGACGCAGAUUUCCUCGGGGCGGUUGCUGAUGGUGAGGAUGAAGAUCGUCCCGGGCAGCUGCACUAUGAUGAUGAGCAAGAUGACUGGAGUCCGGCGCCCCCAAAUCAAGUAGUGCAAAUUAGAGAAGCGACUGCACGUGGUUCUUCUCUAAGUGGCGUUAAUUCAGUGAACGACGCAGUGCUGGAUUGGGAUUCCAGUUCCACCAGCUUCGUGCAGCGCGAACUGCUCGGGACAAGUGGUGUUGCAGAUUCCUCGACCAACCAGUCGGAUGCGAAAAUGGGCAUAGUGAAAGGCUCUACCGGUGGCGGCGGAGUAGCAUCGCUCACCCGGCGUUCAUUUCUCGCGAGUCUUCUUGUCGAGAACGGCGUCUGGGGUGAUGCAGAUCGCCUGUGGGAAUCGGGCGCUAUUUCCGUGGGGGACUGCGAGAUCGAAACCACCGCGGCGAAGCGUUUCGAGGCCGCUGAGAACUACCUGCGCCAAACCCUUCACGCCUGGAGCCGUCUACUCAAGAACUCGCAGGCGGACAAACGACGGGCACUGUUGAACCCGCUGGCCUUCGCCAGGGUCUUCAACCUGUAUCCGUCGGUGGUGGCGCGGAUCAUGAAGGAGUUGCGCAACGGACUUAAUCCAGAAGAAGCACACCGUGGAGCACCGCUGAAGGUUGACGUGCCCGUCCUCCUGCUGAUACGGCGGAGGUAUGCGCUGUGGCAGAUUACGCGAGCCUUGAUGUACGUGGACGAUUUCGGCUCGCUGGAGCGCGGGUUCCAGCAGGACGCGGCACUUGAUCUCGGGAGCGCCCAGAGUUUCCCGCCAAACAACGCGGCGGCAGCACGGCAGUUCGCGUUUGUGAACUGCGCGGCCGGGCCGGCCGCGUAUCGGCUGCUUACUUGGAAGCUGCCAGGGAUGCUUCGUUUCAUCUCCAAGCCGGAGCAGGAUCAUCUUCGUGCCGUCGCCAGCUCGGUUACAGAUCUGACCAACGUGGGGCGAACUCGCGGAGACGUGGCGCUCGAUAUUUGCCCUCUAGUGCUGCGCACGCUGUGGAAUCCUCCGCUCGACGAGGUGGCAGAUACAAGCUCCCCUCGUGUCGCCAAUGGUCUGCUCUGUCACUUGCAUUUUGUUGGCAUGAUCGUCACCGGUGUGCGCGUCGUUCUUCCCGCCAGUCAGGACGAGGAGCAAGCUUCCCGCGUCGCCCUGCCGUACCUCUUCUCGCCAGUGCUACAGUCGUUGUCGUGGCGGCAAAGUGUUCCGGUCAGCGUUGGGCUGAGCAGCGCCGAAGGCGACCGCCACCACGCCCUCGGGCCGGCGAGUCCCGGGCGCGCUUCGUCGCUGGCCCGGUACUGGGCGUCUAGGAGCGCUGCGUCGUUCCCCGUGUGCACCGUUCCCGACGAUGUCGUCUCGCCGUCCAAAGCAGUAGCCAAAGCAGCAUUGGGCUCCUGCGGCUUGGUGAAAAAUGCACAAACCGAGGUGUUCUGCCAGUACCGGGCCGACCUCUCGUGCACGCCGAAACACUGGACGUGCUUCGACUUGGGUAGAAACGGGUUGAAGGAUGCCUACAGCUGCCGCAACGUUCGCCUGCUCUCUGCGCACGCCCUCGUGGAUGUGCCGGGCACAUUCUUUCUCCACCGGGAUUUUCGAGCCCAGCUGCGAGCGCUCCGGCGCACGAAAGCUCUUCUCGAGACGUUGCAUGAGACCGCGGACUGGCGAUCAUUGCAAGCGAUUGCAGCUUCCUGCGACGUGAACGUGCACGGGGACAGGUGCCCCGCCCGGGACGCGCUGGCAAAGACCAUCCGGUCCGCCCUAACCGUCUUGCAAGCUAUGUAUCAAGAUUUACACAGGCAGGCCGUUGUGAAUUUCGCGGACGUGUUCUCCGCGCAAAUCUCCAACACGUGGUGGAACGCGACCUCUGUGGGCGAAGUCUGGGAUGCCGGUUUGUUUCUGGUCGCCGAGCUGACCGCCGCGGGAAGGAUAUGCGACUCGGACAAUGACCAUUCCGUGGUGUUGCGUGCGGUGGGCCGUGCCGUCCGUCUCCGUCGCGUCAAGGACAAAGCAGUGACAUCCUACCUCACCUCCCUGCGAGACUCGGCUGGGAUCACCGCAGAGAGCUCCGAACGUUUGCAAAAGCUCCGCGCUGCUCACACCCUCGGAGCAGGAACCCUGGAUUUGAAUCGCUUGGACAAAGGGCUGGAGGAUGCUAAAGCGAAGAUGGGCAAAGUGGAUCCCGACUUUUGGCCGGCCGCGAGGCGGCUGAGCCAGACAUCAUCGUCUUCGCGAAUUCCAGACGGCGCGGGCGUGCUGGCGGUCCACAAGGCGCAUUCCGCGGAACAGAUUGAAUUAAUGAAAGAGUCCAGUGCGGAAGAUAUCGCGCGUCAGUUGUACAAGGAGUACCUCGUUGCGGUAUAUCGUGGCGCGAUCGACGUGAAAAAGCAGCAGAACACCAGAAUUCGGCAGGGUCCUCUACUGGGAGCAAAUACCAACCUCGCGCAAGUGACCCCGGACUGGGCGCACUUUCUGAAUGUCCCGGCAAAGCUUUUUCCGCUUGUGAUGUUGUUGAUUGGGCCGGACGAAAAGCUUGCGAAGUGCGCAACAAGAGAGUUUUCGCAAUUCGUGUUCACCGCCCUGCACCAGCCGCGCAUGUUCCAACUUGCGCGCCUGUUCGAGCCGUCAGUCGACCGAACGAAAAGGAAUCCCGCCUCCGUUUCCGCGGGGUUCGAACUGGUUCCCAGUGUCGAGAACAGCGUGAUUCGCAGUGUUCCGCCAGUGCUGAAGAUUCCUGUGCGAGUUGGGCUGAAGCACUUCAAGUUGAACCUCCUGCCGGACUGGGCAGCGAAUGCCGCUGGCAGGGUGCAAGGCCUUCGCCGACCCGGAGGAUCAAGCUCCGGAAUAAAUGAGGGUGAGGACGAAAACUCCGUGGAGGACGGGCGUCCAUUUAGCCCCGCGAUCGGUAAAAAUGAAGAUGACGAGCAGAAGCAGGAGCAACCUGGUGUGCUCGAAAAGCAACUUCGGAAUCUGGCGAACACGGUCGACCUAUCAAAUGCAAAAAUGUCUGGGUCUGGAAGGAUGCAAGGUUUGUCAUGCACAUUUUGCAUGACUCCUGAUGUCUGCGAUGCAUGCCCUACCAUCACAGAUCUUGUGAGGGCUUUCUGAUGCCUAUGCCGCAUGAGAAAUCCCCUCUCGCCGUGGCCAAAAUCAGACCUCUUUUGCUGUUCAUGCAAUACAGAUUUUUGGAUAAUGCAGACGCAGCAUCACAAGUUGCAUUCUUCCAGACCCAGACAUUUUUACAUUUGAUACGACCUGGCCUCGUUGCGCGUCAUUGCCUUGCGUCCGUUUGCCAGAGAUGAUGUCCGCGGUCCCGUGGGAAGCUAUGUGCUCCAAGUACACGACCUCUCCCCCGGACGCUUCCUGUACGAGCAGAAAUCGCCUUCCUUCGGUCUCGCCACCGGGAUAACGCUUGCCUGCAUUCAGCCCUACUCUCGUCCCACCGAGAAGUUCUACCCGGUGGGUGCCUGGCAGAACUACGAAAAGGGGCGCACGAGGAAAUACUGCGAUUUUGUACGGAUUCGCUGGAAACUCGACGUGGUGGACCUCGUCGCGGGUUCCUCAGAAAACUUUGAAGCUUUGAACGCACCCCUGCAGU